GGACACAUUCCUCUUCAACUUGCAAAGAUGAAGAGUCUCCAGUAUUUAGACUUGGCUUGUAACAACCUGUCAGGGACAAUACCACAAUCGCUAGCGGACUUGAUUGGUAUGGCCGUUGCUCCUCAAGAUGAUGAUUCACUGUCAGACAUUGUUGAUUAUGGCUAUAACAUUGAUGGUGUCACUGACGUGGUUGCUUACACUGACAGUUCAUUGGUGAUCAUGAAAGGGCAACAACUUGAAUUCACUAGCGGAAUCAUGUAUUUGGUAAAUUUUGAUCUUUCAUGCAAUAGUUUGACAGGUCACAUUCCUGAAGAAAUUGGUAAGCUUCCCGCUUUGAAGAACUUAAACCUAUCUUGGAAUCAUCUAAGUGGGAUAAUCCCUGACAGUAUUGGUGAAGUACACUCGUUAGAAUCUCUUGACCUAUCACAUAAUAAAUUUGGCGGAGAACUCCCAGAAAGCUUGUCAGUUCUAACAUCAUUAGUCUACUUGAACCUGUCCUACAAUAAUCUGACAGGAAGGAUACCAUCCGGGAAUCAACUGCAAACACUCAAUGACCAAGCAUCCAUUUAUAUUGGCAAUCCUGGUCUAUGUGGUCCUCCUCUCUCCAAAAAUUGUUCAGAACCUGGUUUAACUCCACCUACUCCAAAAGGGCGCAAAGAUACAGGUGAUACGGUUUUCUUUUUCGUGGCCAUGGGUUCUGGAUACGCAAUGGGCCUCUGGACAAUCUUCUGCCUCUUCUUAUUCAAUAAGAAUUGGAGAAUUGUUUGUUUCACGUUCUCUGACUGCUUAUAUGAUCAGGUUUAUGUGCGCCUGGCUCUGAUCUGGGCUUUCUUGACAAGGAGGAAACUAUAGCCGCUGAGAUCAAAGGAUUGAUGAA